UGUGAUCUUGCACAUAUCAAGAAUAGUCAACAAAGAUUAAACGUUUUGGGGCGACACUACAGGAGGUGCAUGCAAGGGAGGCGGUUUAGAACGCCCCCUCUGGUCAGUAAGUCGGCAAAUUUUAUCUUUAGUCGUCAAAAUUUGGGAUCAGAAAGGGCUUUUACAUCUCACCGCCGAGAGUACGUGAGUUUAUAUAAAUCUAACAAGAUGGGCUGGUUUUUGUGUCUUAUACUGAUAUUACUCACUGUAGCCGAUUAAACAUUUUAAAUCCCCAUGGAAUGGCUGGUAGUCCAGAGUCUCUACGUUCAAAAAUAUGUAGCAUCAAUUUUUUUAGCAUAGUGUAACCGUACAGUUAAUGGCAUGUUAAAUAUCUGGUCUCUGGCUAAUGAACACACUGAAUUAGCUUCAGUUUCCCGCUAUUACUCUACCUGAAUUAUUUGCUGUAAUUAAAGUCUAUUAACCGUGGGUGCAUGCUUGUUGACGCGUUUGAAAAUUCAGAAGUAAUCAAUACCGAAAGGUUCCCUUGUAUAUGGGAGUAUACUUGUAGCACUGUCCUGUAACCGUGUUUAAUUGAAGACGCGGCAAUUAUCCGGCUGGUGUUCGCGUGUGUCGAUACCACUGCCUAUACUAGAAUCUAUAAUCUAGUAUAGGUCAGUGGUCGAGACUCGAGUGUAAAACAAAUAAUACGUGCGUGCACUCCUUAUUUGAAAUUUAAAUUUCAAGAACCUUCUCCAGCAGACAAUCUUGUGAAGCAUGCAGGGAAGAAAGCAGAAAACAGACCUGGUUUGUCGAAAUACCACCGUUAUUGCUUCUGAAUAUAAUUGUACACUACACGUUUUCAAUUAUACCAUCUGUAUACUGUACCGUAUAGCUUCGUUCUACAAUUGCGUCCCGAAUCAAAGCUCGUCGUAUAAGUUUACAAUGUUUAUUUAGUUAAACUUAUUCUAUGCUCAUUUACAAUACGCACUUGCUUAAACUAUUUGUCCUGCGAAUAAUUUCAUGAACAGUAUACUUGCAUGCAGAAUUCAGAAAGGAUGUUUGUGUUCUUUUUGUUAUCAUAUAACGCGAGCGCCGCAAAAAAUUUCCUAUACAAAUUUCUCAUCUUUUGUUAGCAUGCGCAGUUACAGUUCAGUUUUAGGCAAUUGUCAUCGGCCUUAAGAGCUAAACUCGCUUACCCUGUUGCGCCAUUUAAUUUAGGCGAGAUUUUUUAUGAAGUAUACAGGCUUGCUUUCAAUUUAUUGUAUAUGAUACCUGUUAAUUAGAAAAGAGCAAAAUUAUUCCUUUCGAGAUCCGACCUGUCAGUUAAUUCCUGGAUAGAUUCAUACCACAUAAGACAUCAGUGUCUUCCUUCAGCAGAUCAUAGAUUAUUAUACCAUAAACAUCCGCAUCUUCCUUCAGCAGUUCAAGUUCAUGGUAUUCUACAAAUACGCCUACAAGUACAAGCUAGGCUACAUACAAAACUACUGUUACUCGUCCGACUAUCUUCAUCGCGUCAUUUGGUUUGUAUAUACCAAGGUUAGUACUGCAAAACGAGUGUUACGAAUGCAUACUAUAUGUACACUAAUAUUACCACAUUAUAGGGUUUUUUUCAGAUAUUUGAAUGAUGAACGCUGUUUUGAAAAUUGUUUUUUUCUUUGGCAUUCUCGGCCUGUCAGCGUCUGCGAAAUCAUUUAAAGAUUGCUGCCAAUCUUUUUUGGAUGAACUGAAAAAGAAAUCAGAAGCUGCUGUGUUACUCUGUUCGUUGAACAAUCAAUCUUUUGUACCUUUACCAUUUGGAAAGUAUUGCAAUUGUAAAACGCUAAAAAAUGAGUUGAAGGAAAGAUGGGACGGCUUUAACAAACUUUGCCGACUAACCCGGCAAUGUCCAAAUGCGAAGUCCGUGAUAAUCACAAGACGCAGCACUGUUGACUACGCAAUAACCCGGGGAGCUCCCCAGAUGAAGGAAGUCACGAUGUGUUUCUGGGUAAAGACCAAGCAAGUGAAGGGAUAUGCACAUUACAUUUCAUACGCAGCCUCAUUCGCAACAAACCAGAUAUACGUGAUGUCACAGACAAAUCUAAGACUAAGCAUUUGGCACCAGGGCGCAGACCCCAGUAAAGUACAUUCUUUAAGCUCACACAAUAUCACGAUCAACGAUGGACUCUGGCACCACAUAUGUAUAACUUGGGAAGCAAAUGGUGGUCGAUAUUCAUUUUUCAAGGAUGGAAGUGAAGUUGGCAGUGGCACAAUCCCUGCCAGUGUUGGAAAGCCAAUUCCAGGCCAAGGUACAUGGGUGCUGGGUCAAGACCAAGACAUCGUUGGAGGUGGGUUUGAAGCUAAUCAAUCAGCAACUGGAGAAUUCACCGGAGUCAAUAUUUGGGAUAAAGUUUUGUCUUCUUUUGAGAUUUUGAAAAUGUCCAGAAAUUGCAAGGCCGGUGGACCUGCUGGUAAUGUAAAGAGCUGGGCUGAUUUUCUAUCUGGAAUCAAAGGAAACGCCACGAUUGGAAAAGCAACUUGCUGUCAGUGA